ACUGGAAAUGAGUGCAAUUCCUAACAUUCGUGUGUCGAAUGCGAUGACACAUCCGUACAGCGCUAAUGUGGGUCGAGUCGCUGGCCGAGGCCUUGUAGAUGAGUCCCCGUCUGGAGUACCUACGCGCCUGGUUGUGAUUAGUUACCGAUAGCUGGGACUGCUAACAAUGUCGCCGCCGGACCUAGUUUCGCCCGGGGCCGCUGCCGUAGCAUGAGGUCAGCCCCGGAGUCCCCCUGUCCGGAAGAGGGUUUUUGGGCGACGAGUCCCGACGUCGAGGGCAACAUUUUUUACAGUUCUGAGUUGGCUAACGGCUGGGGGGUACCGCUAGCCUGCUAGCAGCGAUCUCUUCCCGGGAAGAGCACAUGCAAAAGGGGGACGCUUCGGUGUGGCGUAAGGUAUGCCGCACUUUGGAAAGACGAUGAUGACUGUGAUGCUUCUAUGCAUGUUCCCUGGUGGAUUUUGACUCUAAUCUCCACCUGGUGACAGGACCUUGGACGUUUAAUUUCUGUCACCACUGAACCAUUACAGUCCCUGCACACCCUAUAAUACAGUCAGUCAUGCCGGAUGCUACUGAAUAACAAGUAGCACUGGGGGGGAAAAACUCAAGUUUUUCUAAACUCCCAUCAAAGACUGCCAUGUUUGUGUAAGAAUGAGAAACUGAGUGGGGGAAAAAGUGGAAAGCAAGUGAGACUGAAGGGGCCAAAGUGCUUGUGGUGGUGACAGAAAAGUAGAGCCAUCCUGUCAGUAGGUUGGCAGCACCUGAGGCAGCCAGGCCCUGAGGAUGACUAGCCUGUUCAAACGCAGCAGCAGCAAUGGAGGUUCCAGAAGUAGUGGAAGUGGUGGUGGGGGCAGUGGCAGUGGACAGGGGCAGCUCAAUAACAGUAGGCCCAACCGGCAGGUCCGACGCCUGGAGUUCAACCAGGCCAUGGAGGACUUCAAGACCAUGUUCCCCUCUAUGGACUAUGAGGUGAUUGAGUGUGUGCUGCGCUCCAACAAUGGAGCUGUGGACGCCACCAUCGACCAAUUGCUCCAGAUGAGCAUUGAUGGACAGGGCUCAGAUGACAGUUCAGAUUCGGAUGACAGCAUCCCACCAGAGAUUCUAGAGCGAACACUGGAACCUGAUAGUUCAGAUGAGGAACCGCCUCCAGUAUACUCUCCACCAACGUAUGAUAUGCACAUUUAUGACAGAAAAUACCUAGAAACCCCACCAACGCCCCCACCAAGAUUUGAAGCCCAGCCACCUCCAGGUCACCAGCAGGUCAGAAGCUACCGGAACUGGAACCCUCCUUUACUUGGAAAUCUCCCAGAUGAUUUUCUGCGGAUUCUGCCACAGCAGUUAAAUAGUACAAAGAGCUCUGAGAGCAGUCUAUCCCAACCUUCAUCAUCCUCCUCCUCCUCAGUUUCUUCAAUAAGCCAAUGGACAGCCCCAUCUGGUUCUCUGUCUGGAGCUGCAGGGACCACUGGAGGUCCAGGUUUGACAACAGGUGGUACAGAGCAAGACAAGAAACUGAAACAGUAUCUGGAAGAUGAGCGCAUCGCCCUGUUCCUGCAGAACGAGGAAUUUAUGAGAGAGUUGCAGCGCAACCGCGAGUUCCUAAUUGCCUUAGAGAGAGAUCGCUUGAAGUAUGAAUCAAAGAAAUCAAAGUCCAGUCAUUCAUCUAGCAUGGAGAAUUCCACAGGAGAACAGUACUCUACAGCUUCGAUUGAGGCCGUCUCAGACGACGCUCUGUUCAGAGACAAACUCAAACACAUGGGCAAAUCUACAAGAAAGAAGCUUUUUGAAAUUGCCAGAACAUUCUCAGAAAAGACAAAGAGGAGAAAGUCAAAAAGGAGGGCACUCCUGAAGCACCAUUCAUUGGGCACAGCCAACUCUACAGCCAAUCUCCUUGAUGAUGUAGAGGGAAACCCUUGUGAGGAAGAUGGUCAGCCUAGGAGGGCAAACACUCAGGAAGAGAAUGAACAACGCAAUGAGCCAAUAUCAUGAUCCUCCCAUGCUGCACCAUAUCAGGGUUACCAUGGCGAUGUCAGCAUGAUCCAUGGGUGGUGGCCUUGCACCUCUUCCUGUCCCCACCUGCUCACCCUACCCUAAUCCAAACCAGCCGAUAUAAGGCUCAGCAAUGAGUUGAAACCCCCCUCUUCUUCCCAAGGAGAAGAAAUGGGCCAUUCCUAUCACUGGGCUAACUGUCUAUAAAUGAAUUAUCUCUGUAUUAUAACACUGUUUAUAUAUAAUUUUAAAUGUAAAGGAAAUGCAUUAGUACUCACCAGUAUUUGUUAACUGCUUCCUUUAAUUCACUGCGAGGAACAGAAGCAUAGUUACUGUAUGAUUUUCCCAUAUGAACCUUUAUUACUUCUCCAGUCCUGUACAGUAGCAGAUUGUUUGUUUCUGUUUGGGGUCCCUCAGGCUCGGCAUUUCAAAUCCAAGUGUUCAAAUUCCCCUUUAUAUACACUAAACCACAUAGCCCCCCUCCCCCCGUUUCUGAACGUCAGGGGUUAUAUGACUGAAAUUCUUUAGUGUCAGAAUAUUGUGGCCAUUAAUGCAGUGGCUGACCAUUUGUCAACACUUAUCCAUGGUCAUAUUAACCGUUUGACAUUUAAAGGAAUGUGUUCUCAGAAAGCAUGCUUGGGCAGCUGAAUUGAAUAGUGCAGUGUUUGGAGCAGUUUACUAGUUUGGUUUGUUUAGCAAAGUGAAAACUAUGUCAUCCAGUCAAUUGUAGCACCACUAGCAGCACAGUUGCACAUGUAAAAGUUGUGAUGAGCUAUGUUGUCAGAACAUUAAACAAGGAUGACAGACCAUGAACAAACAUGAGUAUCAUGUGACAGAUAAUAUGAACUUGCUUACUAAGUUUCAAAAGGCUAACAGAAUGAGUCUCGAUAACUUUAACUUUAAAACAAGUGUACGGUUGAAACAAUUGAUGUAGUUUGUACAAAGUGUCUGCCUAAGUCUAAAACACUCAAAGGUGGGGUGAAAAGGCUGCUGUCAUAGACAGGAGCAUGAUUGAUUAUCGUUCAAAUAUGGCACAACGGCACAUUUCCGGACAGUGUCUCCCUGAAGGGUUUCACAGUGUUGGACUCAGUUGUUCACAUGAAAGGAACACAACUAGUUGAGUGAAAAAUGAAAAGGAAGGGUUUGAGAGAGAAGUCAAAACACCUCCAGACACCUGCGCCUGGCUCAUUACUGCGAGAAGUGAGUGUGACGAUUGUCAGUUUUCAGAGUUUCAGAAAUAGUUAAAUGCAGCCCACCCAAUGCUGUUAGAAUGUUUGUCUCACACUUGUUGACUAUUCAACAAGCAUUUUGUGUGAAACAUACUGAGGUCUUGAAAAAAGUCAGUUUUCAGUUCUACAUAGCAGCAUAUGGUUGUCGUACUUUCAGACUUAUCAAAUCAUACCACUCUAUCAACUGCAUUCCUACACAUUAACUUAGUUUCAAUUAAAAUCAAAAUGAGCUUGCCCAGUUUGUCGGAUUACCUGCCUCCAAUUUUCAUGUUGCGGUGGCUACAAUCUGUAUUGGCAGAAAAACGGGCCCUGAAAGUUAGGAAGGACAUAUUUAAAUAUUUUCUAAAACUCAAUGCGUCUGUGUUCCAACAAAUUUGCUGUGUUUGCAAGGUGGGAAGCCAGUGAGGGUUCUCAGCUUUGUUUUUGCACUAGUGACUCCUGCUGGGUGGUUGGGGUGCUAGCACCAUGGGGAGUAAAGCUGGGGAAACACUUGCUGACAGAAGGAAACAUGAAGGAGAUAAGAAUAAGAAUCAUCAAAUUCAGCGCACUUCAGAGCAAAUGCUGCAGAUGGCUGCCAGAUUUUUAACAUCUACCUCCUCCUACCCAUAAACCCUUGCAUUUUUAAGGUCAUUUCCUGUUGGUUUUUUAUUAUGUUUUCAGUCUUGCCACAUCCGCAGAGACUUUGCUAAUACUCUGCCAGGUGUUGAGAACUCUUGCCUAAACCUGAAGGACAUUUUUGCAAGAUGUUAAGGAAAUUCUCUGAAUGAUCACUCAGACUACUUUGCCGUAUCUCAGGUUAUCCCUGUAGUCUUUUAGCAAAUCAUUUCAGAGAAUUAAUGGUUGUGAAUGAAGGAUAUGUCUGUCUGGGAAGAUAACACAUCUGAAAUGUGACUGGAUGAUCACCCUGUGAAGACUCAUUCUGAUAGGAUGCCAGUGAAAGUGAAGACUGAAGUUGGACAAAAUGAAAACAAAAAAAUGCUUGUGAGGUUUUCAUGCACCCCUUUCUACUUGUGCUUUUCAUUUGUAUGUGUAGAUGUGAAACUAGCAUGGAUUAGAGCAGUAGUAGAAGUCUGAUGUAGCCUGUGUGAACAGAUGGUGUUAGGAGAGGAACAUAAAGAGUGUGUGUGUGUGUUGUAAAUUUACAGUGCAAGAUUUCCUGGAAAACUGCCUGGUUUUAUGCUCUAGACAAAUUAGAUGAAUGAACCUUCAACCAGUGAAAGCAACUUUCUUUCUUCUUUUUUUGCAUAAAAUGUUUUUUUUUAUCACUUUAGAAACUCUCCUUUUUGGAUUUUUUCCUUCCAGUUAUGUUUUAGCAUUAUCUAUCCCCAGUGAUUUAAAAAACUUAAACAUGCUAUUUGCUCAUUUAGUGAUGAGCAAAGUUUGGGUGUCGGACAGUGAUUUGAAGAAAUUUGUUAAAGGACCAUAUCAGUGUUAAUGCAUGUUUUAGACCAUUUACUGUAAGUUGUGUAUACAUAACAUUUUUAAAUCUCCAUUUACCAACAUUUUUAUACGAACCAUGGAUCAAAUAACGUGUCACUGCUAGUGGCAAACCCAUCGAGAAUCAUCACCAACUCUGCAGUGCACCUCAGCUCUUUGUUUUGGAGCAACAGGCAGCUGUUUUCAGUGAAAAAGCUCUGAUAAACCCACUGCACACUACCUUCCCAGUACCAAACAGCAACUAGCUGAUUAACAUAGUAGCACAUCUAGCAGCUAAAAUGUUGAUAUUUUUCUCAGGUGGAGACCAAAACAGAGCAAAAGCAAGAGUGAAUAUUGGAUUUAAAUUCAUUAGGUGUACAUAAAGAUGACUCCAAAUGAAUGCUAAUGUUGCUCUGUGUCUGCUGGAUGACACAGAAAUGUAUUUGUCUGCAAAUACAUUUCUAACAACUUGAUAAAGUGAUAUGUCAAUGUUGUGUUUACAUUUUCUGCUGCCAACAGGUGGCCAGAAAGGACUGAACAUAGCUUUAAUAAAUGGCCUGAAACAUGCAAAAACAAUGGUCUGGUCCUUUUUAAUGGUGCAGUCAAACAGAAAUUCACUUCCCAUUCAUGUCUAUGUGAAAUGUGGUGCAACACUUUUUUUUUCUUUUUUUUUCUACGUAGUCACAAAUUCACCCACCUCCUUUGCUUUACUCUAGAGUUCAAUCUGAUUCAACUUUGACCUGCAAAGUAACGAUUCUCUGUAAUGUCCAGCCGGUUUGAGACGGGGGGUGACACUGAUCUCUCAUUCAGGAAAUACUGUUUGUUCACAUUCUUAUUUAAUAUUUGCACAGCGAAAUAAUGCAAGCAGCAGAGAGGGCGAGAUGCUGUAGUGAGUUUAAGGGCCGUGACAUUCUUCAUAUAAUGCUGUUUAUUUAACAACUUUGUGGGCUGCUGUUGUUAGGCUGCUAGCCAUGCUAGCUCCUGUAGUUUCUGUUUACAACCCAACCCAUACUCUCUCCUGUCCCCUCCUGAUUUGGCCACACCAUAUGAGUAAAUUUCGCAUCUGCGCCAUAAGAGUAGUAGUCAUGUUUAUGGGUUGGAAGUUCACUAGGUCUAGGUACUGAUAUAGGGAGAGAGCAAUUUGCACCAGUUUGAAGAUUCAUAUAUAAAAGAAAAUUCUGCAGGUUCAUCUUCACAUCCAAAUGAUGUUAAUCGACAAAUGGUUGACAAAUUUAAUGGCUUUUUGGGAAUUUGACUUAAAAAUAUACAAAAAAACCAUUUUAAAUCAAUUAAAUAAUUUUAAAUGGAAGAUGAUCUCAGAGAAGCGUGAAUGGAUGGCUGGCUUUUGUUUUUAGUCCAUGACCUUUGACCCUCUCCCUAAUCACUGUCAAUUUUGAUUCCAUAUAUACAGUAUCAGCACACACUCGCAUAUCCUUAGUCCAUAGAAAUCGAAAAAAUCAGUGUUUGAGGCUCUUUGAUGAUGGGAUUGUUGUGCAUUGAAAUGUAUCGCAAUGAGCAGGCUUCCACAGUUGUUUAGGGCAAUAUUUGUCUGAUUGGGUUUUGGUGUGAUCAGUAAGUAGGUUGAUGUUUGAUUGUUCUUUUAGGGAACCUGUUGAUGUGUUCUCCUCUCAGGGACCCCCCCCCCCAAUUAUUCUCCUCCAUUUAGAUUUUUUUGACACACCUUCCAAGCACAAAUCUCCAGUACGGGAUACGGUACAGGUUAUUUCCCUAAAGCUAAAGCAUCAUUAGGAAUUGCCAGUACCAAACAGAGCUGUCAGUCAUAACAGGGACCAGAAUUUGAUUUUUUUAUUCACAUCAAAUGAUUUGAAGCAACAGUAAACCAAUUUGAGAAAUAAGUUAAAAUUGUUUGCCCUUCUCAUCUGUCAUCUGGUUCCUUUUUCAUAUUUGCAGUUCCAUACUCAGUACAUGAUUAGUCUUCCAAAACACAGAGCAUUUGUGGUCAGAAAAAUCGACUUUAGUUCAUUUCAUAGAUGUCCACGUUUAACACAUCACUAAAGGGAAAAUCCACUCAAAACAAUGCAAGACAAGCAAUGCAGUAGUACAUACUCAAACAGAUACUGGUGACUUACUUCAUGUUCCAGGAUUUAUUCUGCUAUUUGAAUGUAAACUUCUUGUUAUUCUCUAGAACCGACCAAACAUACUGUAGAUCACAUGAUGUCAGCCACACAAUACAGUAUCUUGUAGCUUGAGUCAAGAGCGUGACCGUGAUCUUUGCACUUGCACCUCUGGUCGUGACAGGCACUGGGAAAUGUAGGCAUCAUUAAGAUCUAGACAACCAGAUCGAAAGGUUUUGAUCCUGGAGUGCUCCACCAGUAUAAUGAAAAUGUUGUCCUUUUUGAGUUAUAAUGAAUUAUUCCAUUUAACAACACUAGUCAAAACAGAUUAAAAUUAGCAUUUAAAUGAUUUAUUACCAAUAUCCAAGAAAAAAAUAUUGAAUUCUGAAUUCAUAAUUUCAGUUUAAAAUGUAAUCGCAAAAUAUCAGUUUUAAACAGUUUUAAAUACAUUUAUUUCAUUUACUUAUAAUCAGUCGAUUCAUUUUUUUUGUGCUCGAGCAUAUACACACUGUCCAGCUCAGUAUCCCCUUAAUUGAAAGACGCUUCUCCUUAAUUUAAAGACGUGUUAAACAGUGUGCCACCAACAGUAAUGAGGCCCAAUUCCCAGGGCAGCAGCCAGAACUCUGAUUGACCAGGUGAUAUGUUUAUGUGGGUUGGAUUUGAGUGGAUUUUUAUAGGUGGCACAGCUUUACAUUCAAAACAUCCAUAAAACACUGCGAAAAUAUGAAACGCUUUCUAAACUGUAUUUUUCUGUUUAAAUAAAUGUUAAGUUUCAGUUGUUAGGGUGGAUUUUCUCCUCUUAGUAUGCAUACCCAAAUACGGAUCAAGUCCAUCAUUUCAGCUGGUCAGCAAACACGACCGAACUUCUGUUAAAGGGGGAACUGAGCAGCUGUAUCAUCCGGACCACUGCUAAGAGACGUGUGUGGUGUGUGUCAUGAAUGUACAUAACAGAGGUCAAGCCAUUUAGCAGCGAUGGAUUGUUUUACCGUGCAUAUGAGCUCCGGCCUCUGCUCAUGAUAGUGUAAGAAUGUAUGUCGUAACAGCGGAGCCGCAAACCGCAUGGUCGGCCGGACGCUCUACAGUUGUCUGUACGGAGCUCGUCUCUGUGCUGCAACUAGUCAUUAAAAUGCCAAACAGGAAAAGACAACAUUGGCCGUUGUUAGAUUGGAAUUCUUUAAGGCCCCCUACACACACUCAACAAGGUGGUGGAGACGCUGAAGAUUGGACGUGUUUGUUUCUCCCUGAAGUUGUGUAAUGGUUGUUAGUGAUUGUUGUGUUUUAAUUUUUAUUUCCCCAAAAGUUUUUUUUUCUUGUAUGCGAGAACAUUUUUUAGUCACUGAAAUAAUUGUGCUGUACCUUGUCUGAUUUGUUUAUGAAUUAUAUUUGGAAAUAUAUUAA